CCGCUGACCUCCCGGAAAAUGACCCGGUCUUGCGAGCCGCGCAGGGCACCUGCCCGCCCCCCCGAGAGUCCCCUUUCUUCGUGGCGCUUCGUGGGCAUCGCUGUGGUGACCCUGGUGCUGCAGUUCCCCGCGUCCUUGGGUGACUGUGGUAAACCACCAGUGUUUCAAUCUAUGAAGUUAAAGGGUACGCUUAAACCUUCUUAUGCACCUGGGGAGAAGAUUUAUUUUGAAUGUAAUCCAGCAUAUUAUUAUUCUUAUUUUUAUGGCCUCAGCACCUAUUGUGAGAAAAAUAACACGUGGCACCCCAUUGACGAAGCUUGUUACAGAAAACAAUGUCCAGUUCCUAAGGUUCCUAAUGGUGAAGUAUAUGAACAAUUUGAACCAAAUACGGGCUUUCAAUUUGGUAAAAACGCUUACUUUUAUUGCAACUAUGGUUAUUACUUAAAAGGUGAAGCAGUUAUAACUUGUGAACUUUCUGGAGACACAGUGUAUUGGGGCAGUGAUAUCCCAACAUGUGAAAAGAUUUUGUGUAAAGCACCUGCAGAUAUAGUUAAUGGAAAACGCACAAAUAACUGGAGGACUGAAUUUGAAUUUAAUGAAGUAGUGAGUUUUACUUGUGACCCUUCAAAUGGAUCUCAGGAGUUUUCACUUGUUGGAGAGAAAAAGCUUACUUGUUCUGGGCCUGAGGAAUGGAGUAGUGACCCUCCUCAAUGUAAAGUGGUACUGUGUGAACCGCCAGUGCUCAAAUAUGGAAAACCAUUGUCGGAAAUGAAAGAAAAAUUUUUCUACAAAGAUGAGGUUGCAUUUCAAUGCCUGAAGGGUUUCUACCUUAAUGGCAGCAACCCGGUGUUCUGUGGUGGAAACAGUACUUGGGAGCCUGAGAUGCCCACAUGUAUUAAAGGUUUCAAGCCUACUCAUCCAACCAAACCUCCAGUUUCAAAAUAUCCAGGAUAUCCCAAGCCUCUUGAAUCACCACCAAUUCAUGAGCUUUUUGAAAUAGAUCCAGGAGUCAUUGCUCUAAUUAUUCUUACUAUACGUAAGUAUCUCAAACUUGAAUACCACUUAAAAUAUUACUGUGAAUUGCAUUCUUUUCUAAUGACUUUGUAGUUUAGUCUCUAAUGUUUAUAGCUAGAAAUUAAGCAAACCACUGUAGAAAAAAAAUGGCCUUUCAUAUGAUAUGCACGUUUUGCAGGUGACUGUACAUUCAUUUAUAUUCUGUAUGUCCAUUUAAUAACCAUAAAUUAUUUUUUAAAGAUAAUUAGUUAUAUGACUUUUAAUCUCAGGUGUUCUUCAGGUAAUUUAAAAGGACACUUUUCUGAUUUACUGUGGACUAUUUAAGUGAUUCCAGGGAAUUGCAUUUAGGUAGGGAAGAGUCCAGAUGGACUAUGAAUGUAUAUGUGCUUAAUUAUAUUUCUACUGUCGGCUACAUUUCAGUGGUCAAUUUCUUUUGCUAGAAUUUGAAUCUUAGAAAUUAUUUUUGCGAGUUACAUGCCAUUUGUAUUUGUUCUCUGGUUUCUUAUAGUUGUUGGCCUUGCAGUAAUUUGCACCUGUGUGUACAAAUGUCUUCGCAAAG